AUGGCUCACUUCGCCCGGUUCCGACGGACGCCCCCCUUCCUCGUCAACACAACGGACGCCCGCCCCCCCCCCGGAGUGAAACGCCCCAAUUCGCCUCCGUGGGGUAGACGAUGCCCUAUUGUCCCCCCGUCUUUGACCACGGCUUGCGGUCCACGGUCCGUCAGAGGAUCCGUCAAAGGAAAAGGGCCGGGCAGCACCGCAGCGUCCGCUUCGUGUCCCCAGUCGGCGCCGUUCGGCCGGGGCAUCGCUGAUCCCAUCGCGAUCCCAAUUGCUCCGUCGCACCACCCAGAUCACCGAGCGACGACAACGGUGGUGCCCAACAAGGCGAAGAAAGACCAAUUGGCGGUCUCUCGCUCCGUGCGAGGCGUGACGAGGCGUUGCAUUCCCUCUCUCAGCUGUCCGAGUGCUCUACGUGCGAACUCCACAAGACCUCCCGUGUCUUCAGCUUUGAGCCUGCUACCGUCUCUCUUCCCAUGUCAGGCCAUUCUUAGGCAGAAUGAAUCAGCCGUAAUCUGGUCAGUAGCCGCUGUGAAUCACGUCUCAAAAGGCCAUUUCCCGGUUCACGGCCCUCCGGCUCCCCGGGUGUGGUGGUCGGUCGGCUUUGACCUUUACCCGACCCAGGACAAUGCGGGACCUACAUCAAUACACAUAUGA